UUGAAAUAUACGGUUCGAGCGUACAGUGACUUCAGGAAGCGGAUCGCACGUGUCUCUGCCGAGAAAUCUCCCUUCGAGAACGAAAAGCCACUUCCACGAUGGCUUCGAAGACCGCGUUUCAGCCUGUACCCGCAACCGUACCAGGACCGCAAGACAGCUGCGACAACCCCGACUUUUUGUGCGGCAUCAAAAGUUACAGACCACGCUGGCUGCAGCGUUUCGCGAAGCCCUACUAUUUUCUUCUGUUCUACGUGAUCUUCGGCAUCUUUCAAGGGGCACUGAAGGCGUACCUGAACGGAUGUAUCACAACCAUAGAGAAAAAGUUUGCCCUGUCCGGUAAAAUGCUGGGGAUAGUCCUUAUAGCAGACAACGUGAGUUCGCUCUUUGCUAGUCUACUCAUCGGUUACUACGCCACGAAGAUUAGCAGGCCCAAGAUAAUAGUGUUCGGUGUCUGUACGGCUGUGGCAGGCUGUUACCUGUGCGCCCUGCCGCACGUCAUCUAUGGCCCUGGAACUAGUAGACAAAUUGGUGGACAACAAGGGGAGAACCAAGCCGGUGUUACGCCGCGUAUUCAGAAGGAAUAUUGUCUGUCCGAGAACGACAAAGUGGAAUUGAAGGACGAGUCUUCGACGACGCCGGUUGCGAUGGUGGCGGUCAGCAUUCUGUUUAUCGCCAACAUGUUGAUCGGGCUUGGCGGUUCGGCGUUCUAUAUAGCUGGUACAACAUACACGGAUGAUAACGUGAAGAAGAAGGAUUCACCAGUGUAUUUCAGCCUCAUCAUGUCAUCACGACUGAUUGGUCCCAUGCUCGGAUUUAUAAUGGCGUCGGUGUGCCUCAGUAUAUACGAAUCGCCCUUUGAAAAUCCUGGCAUCACGAACGAGAACCCCACCUGGAUCGGCGCCUGGUGGCUCGGUUUCGUCAUCUGGGGCAGCGCCAUGGCUCUGCUGUCAGUGCCCAUGGCACUCUUCCCGAAAUACAUCCGAAGGCCUUCCGUGUGCCACGAAGAUGCGCCCGAUGGACACCAAGCACCAAAGCGGAAUGUGCACAAGAGUCUCAAAGAAAAACUCGCACGUGACAUGAAAGACUUCAGCCGGGCAGUGAAGCGGUUGGCCGUCAAUCCGGUGCUGAUGUGGCAGUUAGUUGGCAUAGUCUUCAUCUAUAACGGCCUCGGCGGACACGUCAGCAUGUUUCCAAAGUUCGUCGAGAAUCAAUACCGGGUAACAGCGUCCAAAGCAAGCCUGUUCACAGGUCCGACCCAAGUGCUGUCAAUGAUAUUAGGAAUGUUCCUCGGUGGCAUGAUCGUACGUUUCUGGAAGCCUCGGGCAUCGACCAUAGGCCUCAUGGGCGCCGCUGGCGAAUUCAUCAAUAUUGCGUUCCUCUUCACCGCGAUGUCCAUGGGAUGCUCCAACUGGCAACUCGCGGGGACCCAGAUGAAUCCAGAUGGAAGUUUGUCCCUCAGGAACUCCUGCAACUCUGAGUGCGGUUGCACAACACGGGCGUUUCAGCCCAUUUGCUAUGUCCAAGAGCAAGCGACGUAUUUCUCCUCCUGUUUCGCUGGCUGCUCAAGUGGCGGGAAUGAUUCAAUGAUAUGCACGUGUGUACAUGGCAACGAUACUUCUACCGCGGGAGUCCCAGUGGACCCGACGGACAUUAAGGACGGCUACUGCGAAUUCGCUUGCGACAAGUUCUUCGUCGUCGUCCUCAUCAUGUGCAUUGGGAUGUUGCUGGGACAGCUCUCGCGAGUCGGAUCAACGCUCGUCGGUCUUAGGUGCGUGGACCCUGCUGAUAAAGCAAUGGCUAUGGGAAUGUCGGGAUUUUGCAUCAACUUCCUCGCUGCUAUCCCGUACCCACUGAUCUACUCGGCCACCUUCGACUCCCAAUGCAUCAUCUGGGAAGAACGCAAUGGCCAGAAGGGCAACUGCUGGUUUUAUGACCUGGAUAAGCUACGGCUGGCGUACAACGGCCUUACCAUCAUGUUUCUAGCUUGUGGAAUGUUGUGCACGUUGCUUGUGGCCUACUACGCCAGAAGAGUCACUGACAUGUACGGUGAUGACCCCGUAGCUCCAGAGUCUAAAGACACAGCGGAGAUGCAGCAGCUGAACAGCGAUGGCUGCCGGACGUGACUCGGGCUUGUGGGAUGCGAGAGAUGAAUGUACGCUUCCGUUCCGUGCCGGUUGGAGCCUGUGCAGGUGAAAGUUGCAGAUAACAUAAGUGGGCACUUGAAUACGGAUGAGUUCUGGCAUGGUCCCAAUGGACCUAGACAUGCGACGUACGUCGGUGCCGAGAAACAGUCUGUCCUCAUAGACUCAUUCAUGGACUCAACAAUGCAUCGUUGGAAUUCGCCAAGCGUGCCUUAGAAGGAUCCCUGCAGACUGUCCGAUGCCCCUUUCAAUGUUCUUGUCCGACAUCGUCUUAUCAUCAUAAAGUAUAGUACAAUAAAAUAUUCAUCAAAGUAUAA